AUGAGAUUCACCAACGAGACGUCACAGAGACGUGAUGGUGAUCAACAGAAGUCACCAAAGGAAACGCAGAGGCCAAAGGAGAAAGAGAACAGCGGUUCCACUCCAUGGCGACCUGCAGAAAAGGAAGAACUGAUUUCCACAAAGGAAAAUCGAAAUAGAGGAAGAUCAAGAGAGAUUCACACAAGAAGAAUUAGGCGAGUGGAGCAUCUGAUCAACAGAUCAAGAGGGAGACUAAGAAGACAGAGUUUACAAGUUCAGGAAGCAACUUAG